AUGGGAUUAACUCCAUAUAUGUAUUUAUUAUCUGGUAAAACAAAUUUUAUUAGUGGUAUAACUGGUAUAAGUUAUGAAAAAUUAAAUAUUUUCCAUCGAAGUCUUGGUUGGGGAAGUUUAUUCCUUGGAUUAGUUCAUACAAUCCCAUUCUUGAUUCAACCUGUUGCAGAAGGUGGUUAUUCAAAUUUAAAUAAAGCAUUUAAAGGUGAUAUUAUUUAUACUAAUGGUGUAUUUGCCAUAGUUGCAUUGGGGGGUUUAUGUUUAUUAUCAACAGGAUUUUCAAGAAAUUUAUGUCAUGAAGUGUUUUUCCAUUCUCAUUGGAUCUUAGGUUUAGUUUAUUUUGCUGCGUUAACAAGGCAUAUUCUCGGUUUAUUAAAAGCUGAUAAUUAUAUAUGGGCAACUUUAGGUUUUUGGGGGUUUCAAAUGAUUUAUCGUGCAAUUGUUAAAACAACUUUUAAGCCAAAUGUUUAUUCAUUUAAAUCAAAAUUAGCCUUUUUAACUCUGAAAUUUUUGAAGUUAAUAUUCCAAUUUCAAAUACUUAUGAAUUUAAUUGGAAACCAGGUCAACAUAUAUUUAUUAGAUAACCAUCCUUUUUCAAUAAUAUUGUCAAUUCCAUCAUCUAAAAAUUCAGAAAUCAAAUUAAUUGUUAAACCACAUAAAGGUUUAACUGGAAAAAUUUAUAAUUCACUCCUCAAUAAUAAAGGUGAUCAAACUUUGAAAACCUAUAUUGAUGGUCCAUAUGGUGGAAUGAAUAGAGAUGUAUUAGCAUUUGAUCAAGUAUCAUUAUUAGCAACAGGGUCAGGAAUCACUGUUACUUGGUCAUUUUUAGAGUAUAUUGUUAAAAAUUUAGAAAUUGGAUCUAAUAUCGUAACAGAAGUUAAAUUUGUUUGGAUUAUAAGAUCAAUUGAUUGUCUUGAUUGGAUUUCUAAAGAAUUGGUUAUUAGUUUAAAUAAAAUUAUCGAAAUGCAGUAA